UCCGACAGUUAUUCGGGAGAGGGUACGUUUCAUUUUUUCUCCUUCUUUCUGCCACCAUGACCACGGUGUCAACCGUCACCCAUUAUUCUGUUCCCGAAGAAAUGGAGGAAGGUUCAGUCGUUGCUAAUUUAGCAACUGAUUUGGGAUUAGAUGUGAAGACACUAAAAGAAAGGAAAAUGCGCUUAGACGUUGUAGGCAAUAAAAAAUAUCUUGAUAUCAACAAGGAUACGGGAGAGCUGUUUAUAUUAGAGAGGAUAGACAGAGAGUUUUUGUGCCCCUUGAAAACAAGUACGUACUGCUUUCUUAAACUGGAUGCUAUGAUUGAAAAUCCAAUACGAAUGUUUAAUAUCGAGGUCGAAAUUAUGGAUAUUAAUGAUAAUGCUCCUCAUUUUCGGCGAGGGACGAUGCAUUUGGACAUAUCUGAAUCAAGUUCCGUUGGAGAGAGAUUCUCACUGAAUAAUGCUGCAGAUCCAGAUGUGGGAACGAAUUCUGUGAAAGAUUACCACCUGAGCUCAAGUGAAUAUUUUGCGCUUGAAAUUCAGACAGGGAGAGAUGGGUCAAAGUUUGCUGAUUUGAUUCUGAAAAACGCUUUAGAUAGAGAGCAGAAGGCUGUUCAUAAUCUCAUUCUCACUGCUGUGGACGGUGGAGUCCCCGCACGCACAGGUACAGCCAGUAUCAUUGUUCGUGUGCUUGAUGUCAAUGACAACGCCCCUUCAUUUGACAAAGACAAAUACAUUGUAAAUGUGAUGGAGAACUCCCCAAUUGGCAGUCUAGUAAUUAAACUGAAUGCCACUGAUUUAGAUGAAGGGUCCAACUCUGACAUAGUUUAUUUAUAUAGUUUGUACACAUCAGAGAGAACGCAAAAUAUGUUUAACUUGAAUCCAGAAAAUGGUGAAAUCAGAGUGAAAGAGAUGAUUAAUUUUGAAGAUUUGAAACUUUAUGAAAUGGAGAUUAUUGCCAGUGAUAAGGGACCAAGUUCCUUAUCUGGACAGUGUAAACUGACAAUACAAGUCACAGAUAUGAAUGACAAUCACCCAGAAAUAUCCAUUAAAUCAUUUCAUAGUCCGAUCAAAGAAGAUACUGCAGUAGACACAGUGAUAGCAGUAGUUAGUGUCAGUGAUAAGGACUCAGGUGACAACGGAGUGGUUGAUCUUCAUGUUCCAGAUAAUAUGCCUUUCAAACUGAGGGAAUCCUCUGAUAACUAUUAUGAGUUAGUGGUCUCAGAGCCUUUAGACCGCGAGAAGGUUCCAGAAUAUGACAUCACUUUCACUGUUACAGACAGAGGUUCUCCUCCUUUAUCUGACAAUGAAACCAUGACUUUAGAGCUGCUGGAUGUUAAUGACAAUGUUCCACAGUUCCCUCAGUCAUUUUAUACUAUACGUGUAAUGGAGAAUAACGCACCUGGGGCCCUGCUCAGUUCACUCACUGCGUUUGACCCUGACCUCCAUGAAAACCAGUAUCUAGUUUAUUUCAUCCUAGAAAAGGAAAUAGCCAAUACUUCUAUGUCCAUGUUGUUCUCUAUCAAUCCAGAGAACGGUAAUCUUUACGCACUAAAGACUUUUGACUAUGAGAUCGAGAAGGAGUUUCUUUUCCACAUCGAGGCCAGAGACUCUGGCUCUCCUCCACUCAGCAGCAACGUGACCGUUCACAUUAUUAUUGUGGACCAGAAUGACAACGCUCCGGUCAUUGUCUCUCCGUGGCGCGCGCACGGCUCGGUGGUGGAGGAAAAGAUCCCCAGAUCCACUGAUAAAGGAUCUCUGGUUGCCAAGGUGAUAGCUUUAGACACCGACUCGGUGCACAACUCUCGGAUUACCUACCAGUUUCUUCAGGUGACUGACGCCACCUUGUUCAGUCUGGACCAAUACAACGGAGAGAUCAGGACUAUGAGGAUGUUCAGUUACAGAGAUCCUCGCCACCAGAGACUGGUUGUUGUUGCCAAGGACAACGGGGAGCCUGCUCUCUCUGCUACAGUCACCAUCAAGCUGUCCACAGUGGAGACUGCUGUUAAGGCCUACUCUGACAUGACUGAGGUGCCUCUAGAAUAUGACAUCUUCUCUGACCUAAACCUGUAUUUGGUCAUCGGUCUGGGCUCGGUGUCAUUUCUCCUGCUGAUCACCAUAUUGGUCACCAUCGUGCUCAAGUGUCAGAAACCCAAGCCCAGCAAAGCAGCUCCUCCCUGCAGGAACAGUGUGAUCAGUGAGAGGAACUCCACCAUCGCAGACUCCACUCUGGUCUCCAACGAUGCCUACUGGUACAGUCUGUUUCUAGCAGAGACCAGGAAAGGAAAGAUGGUGGUUAGACAGCCUGUGCCAAAGGGCUCCAGAUACAUUGUGUCCAGUAUACCGAGGAGCACAGGGAUGUCAGAGACUAGUGACUCAGCAGCUUCUACUCUGCAGAUGGCGGUAACGGACAUCACGGGAAAAUGGCUGCAUGUGUGGAUUUUUUUUUGUCUGGCGUUGCUGAUUAUUACUCAUUUAGAAGGAAUCUCUGCUCAAAUACGAUAUUCAAUUCUGGAGGAAUCGAAAUCGGGCACGGCAGUUGGACAUGUAGCCAAAGACCUUGGAUUAGAUCUUGGGAGACUGGCGGAUAGGAAUCUUCGUGUCAUAUCAGGAACAAAGCAGGAUCUGUUUAAGGUAAAUCCGAGAGAUGGAGUUUUGUUAGAGAACCAGAGAGUAGACAGAGAAGACCUGUGUGGAAACACAGUUCCGUGUGUCACAAACCUGAAAGUAGUGAUAGAAAACCCUCUGGAAAUGCAUCAAGUAAUAGUUGAAAUACUCGAUGUAAACGACAAUGCACCGAAAUUUCCCGAUGAAAAUUACACAUUAGAGGUGCUGGAAUCCGCCAUAGUUGGAUCCCGAUUUCAGAUGGAAGGGGCACACGAUUUGGAUGUUGGACUGAAUUCCUUACAGUCGUAUAAACUAAACCAUAACCCAUAUUUUCGCUUGGAAACUGAGGAAUUUGGGGAGGAUGGAAAGGUUCCCUUUCUUAUAUUACAGCGACCUUUGGAUAGAGAACACACUGCUCAACACUGGUUACUGAUAACAGCUAGUGAUGGAGGUAAACCAUCAAAAUCUGGUACUAUCAAUAUCACUGUUGUUGUAUCUGAUAUAAAUGACAACUCACCAGUGUGUGAUAGACAGAAAUACACUAUUAUGGUAAAGGAAAACGCACCUGCAGGUACGUUUCUCCUGACAGUAAAUGCAUCUGACUCGGAUGAUGGGAUGAACGGUGAGAUCGAAUAUUCUAUACGGAGUACACUAAGAGGACUCUCAUCUGAGCCUUUCGAUUUAAAUAGUAGAACUGGCAAACUGACUGUGAAAGAAGGCUUUGAUUUCGAGGAAAAGCAAAUCUAUGACAUUAAGGUACUGGCUGCAGACAAAGGUGUCGUGUCUUUGUCCACACACUGCAACGUGGUUGUUAGAGUUGAAGACGUGAACGAUAACCAACCUGAAAUCGACAUCACAUCCCUUUCAAGUCACAUUCCAGAGGAUGCACCUCCUGGCACGGUGGUGGCGUUGGUGGGAGUGACGGAUCGUGACUCAGGUGUGAACGGACAGGUGGUCUGCAGUGUGCCAGGUCACCUGCCUUUUGACUUAAAGCCAUCCCCAGAUGGACAGUCAUACUCAUUGGUCACCAAAGACAACCUAGAUAAGGAGACAAUACAUAUGUAUAAUAUUACAAUAACGGCUAAGGAUUUAGGGACACCUCCUCUGUCAUCCACAAAGGUGAUAAAAGUAGAUGUACUAGAUGUUAAUGAUAAUAAUCCUUUGUUCACUGAAAGCCCAUACACUUUUUAUGUGCUUGAAAACAACAAGCCUGGGACGUCAGUUUUUUCAGUGAGCGCGGCUGAUGCUGAUGGAGAUGAAAAUGCGGCAGUUACAUACUCACUCGACCAUAAAAGUCCGGGGCCCACUGUGACUUCUUUUUUAAAUAUAAAUGAAGCCAGUGGCACCAUUUCAGCACUGAAAAGUUUUGACUUCGAGACUCUGAAAACGUUCCAGUUCCAUGUUGUCGCCACAGAUUCUGGAACUCCGUCACUAAGCAGCAACGUCACAGUGAACGUGUUCAUUCUGGAUCAGAACGACAACGCUCCAGUCAUCCUGUAUCCAGUCAGCUCCAACGGUUCUGCUGAAGGUGUGGAGGAGAUUCCCCGAAAUGUCAACGCAGGACACUUGGUGACUAAAGUCAGAGCCUAUGACGCUGAUAUAGGAUAUAACGGCUGGUUACUCUUUUCACUGCAGGAAGUAACUGACCACACUCUCUUUGGUUUGGACCGCUAUACAGGACAGAUCAGAACACUUCGCUCAUUCACAGAGACAAACGAGGCUGAGCAUAAACUGGUCAUACUGGUGAAAGACAAUGGCAACGUUUCACUCUCAGCAACAGCUACUGUGAUAGUCAAAGUUGUGGAGCCCAAGGAAGCUUUUGCAGCUGCUGAUGUUACCAGCGCGGCAAACGAUCAAGGAGAAAAUAAUGUUGUAUUUUACUUGACAAUAACUUUGGGCUCAGUGUCUGUACUUUUUCUCGUCAGUAUCAUUGUUCUGAUUGCAAUGCAGUGCUCAAAAUCUACAGACUACUCCUCUAAGUAUUUACAAGAUGCUAAUUACGACGGGACACUGUGUCACAGCAUCCAGUACAGAUCUGGAGACAAACGCUACAUGUUAGUUGGACCAAGAAUGAGUAUAGGAUCUACUAUUGUUCCGGGCAGCCAUGCCAAUACACUAGUGCACCCCAACAGGAGGCAGGCAUCUGAAGAGGUAUUAUUAUUAUUAUUAUUAUUUGUUUGUUUUUUGUUUGUUUUUACUUUUUUGCUGAUCUGCACUGCUGUUGUGAAAUUAAAGCCUUCAUUUUGUUGCGUCACAAUGGGAGAACGAGGACAAAGACGCCGAGUGAGCUGCUGGUGGAUUGCUGGGAUUUUGUUGCUGUGCUUUGGGAAGCGUAUUUUGGCACAGUUGAGAUACUCUGUUCCAGAAGAAGUCCAAGUGGGAUCUCCUGUUGGAAAUGUUGCCAAAGAUUUGGGGCUUGAUAUUAACACUUUGACAGAGAGGCGGUUUCGUAUAGUUUCGGGUCCGAAUCAUGCUCUGUUUCAAUUGAAUCAGAAAAAUGGAGUGCUGUAUGUUGGGCAAAUUAUGGACCGCGAAGAACUUUGUGAUGGAACCAAGGUUUGUUUGAUAAACUUGAAAAUUGUUGUUGAGAGCCCACUGGAAAUACAUUACAUGAACGUUGAAAUAACUGAUGUUAAUGACCAUUCGCCGACCUUCCCAGAAAGUGAGCAACGUCUGGAAAUAGCAGAGCAUAUUCCACCAGGAACUCGUUUCCAAAUUCAUGCAGCUAGAGACCCUGAUGUCGGGACACAAUCAGUCCGAUUCUAUAAGUUGAGCCCAAAUGAUCUUUUUGAUAUACAAGUCAGAGACAGCGAGGAGGACAAAAUACCGUUUUUAGUGCUAAAAAAGCCCUUGGAUAGGGAGCAAAAGGCAAAACACCGUUUAGUGUUAACUGCUCUUGAUGGGGGCAGUCCGUCGAAAUCUGGGAACCUUAAUCUAACUAUCACUGUGCUGGAUGCAAAUGAUAACCGCCCUGUGUUCAGCAAAGAUAUACAUACUGUGUCAUUAGUGGAAAAUGCUCCUAUUGGAACCCUUGUAAUCAGAUUAAACGCUACCGAUAUAGAUGAAGGUUCAAAUAGCGAAAUUGAAUACAGCUUUGGCAAAACUCAAAAGAAAAAAGUGCACGAUACCUUUGAAUUAGACAGCGUCAGUGGUGAGAUUCGAGUGAAAGGAAACGUGGACUUUGAGGACACUGAGAUUUAUAGACUAGAUUUGCAAGCUUCAGAUAAAGGCCAGCCACCCUGGACGGCCGAAAGCAGAGUUGUGAUAAAAAUUAAAGAUGUGAACGAUAACAAGCCAGACAUAGAAGUGACAUCACUACGUAACUUAGUCCCUGAAAAUUCCAAACCUGGCACUGUUAUCUCUCUCAUCAGUGUCACGGACAGAGAUUCAGGCGUUAAUGGGAAAGUUAUUUGUACAAUAUCGGAUAAUGUUUCAUUUGAUUUGACGCCAUCCAUUGAAGAAAAUAUGUACUCUCUUGUCACAAAGGGACGUUUAGACCGAGAGAAUGUGUCCAAUUAUGAAAUUACAAUAACAGCCACUGACUGUGGUGAGCCCCCACUUUCCACUGUAAAAACUUUAAAAGUUCAGGUGUCAGACGUGAAUGAUAACAGACCAAAUUUCAGCCAAAGUCCAUGUGAACUUUAUAUGGUAGAAAACAAUGCUCCUGGUGCAUCGAUAUUUUCUGUUAGUGCUGUUGAUAUUGAUCUGAAUGAAAAUGCAGCAAUCACAUACCACAUUGUGAGAGGUGAUGGGCUGCAAGGUGACAUGACAUCUUUCCUAAAUGUUAAUUCAGAUGACGGACAAAUAUCAGCACUGAAAAGUUUUGACUUCGAGACACUAAAAACGUUCCAGUUCCAAGUUGUUGCCACAGAUUCUGGAACUCCGCCACAAAGCAGCAACGUCACAGUGAACGUGUUCAUUCUGGAUCAGAACGACAACGCUCCAGUCAUCCUGUAUCCAGUCAGCUCCAACGGUUCUGCUCAAGGUGUGGAGGAGAUUCCCCGCAAUGUCAACGCAGGACACUUGGUGACUAAAGUCAGAGCCUAUGAUGCUGAUAUAGGAUAUAACGGCUGGUUACUGUUUUCACUGCAGGAAGUUACUGACCACACUCUCUUUGGUUUGGACCGCUAUACAGGACAGAUCAGAACACUUCGCUCAUUCACAGAGACAGACGAGGCUGAGCAUAAACUGGUCAUACUGGUGAAAGACAAUGGCAACGUUUCCCUCUCAGCAACAGCUACUGUAAUAGUCAAAGUUGUGGAGCCCAAAGAAGCUUUUGCAGCUUCUGAUGUUAAAAGUGCAGCAAAGGAUGAGGAGGGGAAUGAUGUGACUUUAUAUCUGAUGAUAACUUUGGGCUCAGUGUCUGUACUUUUUAUCAUCAGUAUCAUCGUGCUGAUUGCAAUGCAGUGUUCAAAAUCCACAGACUUUACUUCUAAAUAUCUACAAGACACAAAUUAUGAUGGGACACUGUGUCACAGCAUACAGUACAGAUCCGGUGACAAGCGAUACAUGUUAGUUGGACCCAGGAUGAGUAUAGGAUCUACUAUAGUCCCGGGCAGCCAUGCAAAUACUCUAGUACUUCCUGACAGAAGAGGGACAUCUGGAGAGAUAAUGAUCUGA